ACCACAACCACAGGGGUUUGGGCUGCAAUGCUGCAAAGGUCAGUGCGCAAUGGCAGAUGACAUUCUGGCCAGCCUCGGCCUAGACUCGGAUGAGUCGGAUGUAGACUCAGUGGACUUGGCACAGCUACUGCCGGAAGAGCGAGGCGCAUCGCCUGUUGCAGCGAGCAGCAUUGCGGAAGUGCGAGCCGUGCCGGCGCAAGCUGACGCAGUUCCAAAGCUGCACUUGGGCAAUCCUGGCCCUGAUCCCCUGCUGGGCGAGCUGUUGGGCGACUCGAGUGAUGAGUCGAGUGAUUUGGACAUCGAUGAGCUUCUUCUUUCGGAUUCACCUAAAGCUGCUGCAAGCGCUCCGGUGCCGAAAGUUCAAUUCUCGCAGGGUCCAGAAUCGGACUCCGCUUCGGAUGGGCCAAAGCAGCUCAUUGAUGAUAGCGUGGCCGACCACCGUGCAGUUGGGAGGGAUGCAAGCGCUGACUCCGAAAUUCAACAGCCGCAGCGGGUGGUAGAUAUGCACGAGCGCACAGAGCAGAGUGCUCAAGAUGGCUCUUCCGACGAUCAAUUCGCAAUUGAGAGGACCCGGGCUUCAGGCACAGACAGCGUCAUGCAGCAGGCUCAGCAGGUUGUAGAUGUGCUCGAGCACACAGAGCAGAAAGCUCAAGAUGGCUUUGCAGACAACCGACCUGCAGCUGGGCAGGCUUCAGGCACUCAACAGCCUCAGCAGGUUGUAGAUGUUCACGAGCGCGCAGAGCAGAGAGCUCACGCAGGCGCAGGCUACCAAUCUGCAGUUGAUUCGACGCCGGCCUCGGACAUGCAGCCUCAGCGGGUCACGGCGGCAGUGGAGCAGUGGGAGACGCGGCGUCCGCGGCCAACCGUCCAUCAGCCUCAGGCGCGAAGUUCCAGUGCCAAGUUGCUAUCGCCUGAGAAGCGCGACCCGAGAUCGCGGCAUGCCGAGCGGCCGUCUCCACCGGUGGCUCCUGUAAGGCCGGAAUUGGAGUCGGGGGCGAGUGGAGAUCCAAGGCAAAGAGAAACUUUGGCAGACUCGGUGCAAGAAGACGAGAUACAGCCGGGAGUCAAGGCAGAGAGCCUGUGGCAGGAGCAAAUCAGGCUGGACAUCAGCUGUGAAGUGCUGAGGGCUCUCAGUUGUGUCAAGGCCAAGCCCGAGGUGUUCAAUGCCGCGGAGGCGGAGCUGCGGCAGCGCGUGCGGCUCCAAGAAGCCGCGCAGCGAGAAGCCGCGGAGUUGCGGGCGCAGGCGGAGGGAGCCUCCGUGGAAACGCUGCUGCAUCAGCUGGGCAUGGAACUGGAGCCGGGGCGCGAGGGCGAGCUGCGCGCGCGGCUGCAGCGGGAGGCCCGGCUGCUCCACGGGCGGCUCCUCGCGGACAUCGCCGCCAGGGCCAAGGCGGAGGCGAAGGCCAGGCUGGCGGAAGAGGCCGCGAGGCGCUCGGACGCCGAGCGCUGGCGCCGCACGGCAAAGGCCUCCCUGGAGAUCCGGAAGCAUCUUCACCCGGCAGUCCCCGCAGUGCGCCCCACGCGAUCCGAGCCGCUGGUCGCGCAGAUGGAGCUCUACCUCCGCGUCCGCUACUUGGACAGUGUCGAGCCAUGCGCAUUGCGCAUGGAACGAUCCGUCGAGCACUCGCCCGUGCAGUUCGAAGCCUUCAGGGCCCCGACAAGUGAGAGGAGUUUCGAUGCAAAUGACCAGGUCUCGGGGGUGGCCUUGGAUUUGCGGACACCGGAGGAGGCGAAACAAGAGGAGCAGGAGGCCCAGCGACUGGAACGCUUCUUCGAUGUGGACCACUUGCCAGAGGUCGAGUAUGUGGCGGAGUGGGCGGCCAAAGAGCAGGCCUUGGCCGGUAUGGUGGACAAGCUUAUGAGGUCCAAGACUGUGCAGGAGGCGCUGGGGGAUCGCUCCGACGGCCUCGGUGUGUCAAAUGCUGAGGAGAAAGAAGAGGUCAUGGAAUUUUCCUAUGUCCUCAGACCUCUAGAGGCGAAUCGCCUGAACAGUCUGGAUGCGGAGAUCUCCUCUGAGGGCUAUCGACCUUGGAACCCCCGCGUCGUCUUGGCGCACGCAUCUGGUGGCCGGUGCCCUUCUCCAUUUGAGGAGACUUUGAGCAUCGGUCCUGAUGUCUUGGCGCGGCAGUGGUGCAUUUGGCCCCCAAGAGCAUUUGUUUGGUCCAGGAAAGGGCAAACACAGAAGUGUUGA